UUGGAAAUAUGGGGAAAGUUGGAACUUGCCUGGUUACUUUGGCCGGACUUUUGCUGGCGGCGGCGGCAGCGCAGACGUUCACAGGAUGCUGUACUUUUGAUGAGCCUUUUAGUUCCUGUGGCUAUAGUCAGUCAGAUGAUGAUGACCUUAACUGGGAUCAGGUGAACACACUGAUAAAGCCCUCCUCAGAUCAAUGGAUGCCAUCUGGAUCUUUCAUGUUAGUGAAUACAUCUGGGAGAUUUGCUGGACAGAAAGCUCACCUGCUGCUGCCUCAUCUAAAAGAAAAUGAUACGCAUUGUAUUGAUUUCCACUAUUAUGUUUCAAGCAAGAGUGGAUCUAGCCCUGGCACUUUGAAUGUGUAUGUGAAGGUCAAUGAUGGUCCUAUUGGUAACCCAGUCUGGAACACAUCUACUACCGGUAGUUGGAACAGAGCAGAACUGGCGAUUAGCACCUUCUGGCCUAGCUUUUAUCAGGUUGUUUUUGAAGUGGUCACUUCAGGUCAUCCUGGAUAUGUGGCUAUCGAUGAAGUGAAAGUUUUAGGACAUCCAUGCACAAAAACUCCCCAUUUCUUGCGUCUUCAGAGCGUGGAAGUUAAUGCGGGGCAAUUUGCUACUUUUCAAUGCACUGCCAAUGGUAGAACAAAUACAGGUGACAGGCUCUGGUUGCAGGGCAUUUAUGUAAGGGAUGCACCUCUGAAGGACAUAAAAGUGUUCAACUCUCGACGAUUUGUAGCUCUUUUUAGUGUGGUGAAUGCCACGAAGAGGGAUGCUGGCAACUAUCGCUGCAUGAUUCAGACUGAAGGAGGGAUUGGUGUAUCAAACUAUGCAGAGCUGAUAGUCAAAGAGCCCCCUGUUCCCAUUGCUCCACCUCAGCUGUCUUCAGUUGGUGCAACUUACCUGUGGAUACAGUUGAACGCCAAUUCCAUCAACGGGGAUGGACCCAUUAUUCAGAGGGAAGUCGAGUAUCGAACUUCAAGUGGAAGCUGGUAUGACAUCCAGCCUGUGGACUCGACAAGCUAUAAGAUCGGGCACCUGGAUCCUGAUACAGAAUAUGAAAUCAGUGUCUUACUUACAAGACCAGGUGAAGGAGGGACAGGAUCCCCAGGCCCAGCUCUUAAAACAAGAACAAAAUGUGCUGAUCCAAUGCGUGGACCACGGAAACUAGAGGUUGUGGAGAUCAAAUCUAGACAAAUCACUAUUUGCUGGGAACCAUUUGGAUAUAAUGUUACACGUUGCCAUCGAUACAACCUCACAGUUCAUUACCGUUACCAGGCUGGAGGACAAGAGCAAGUGAGAGAAGAAGUAAGCUGGGAUACAGAAAGUUCACAUCCACAGCACACAAUUACCAAUCUAUCACCAUACACAAACGUCAGCAUAAAAUUGGUGCUAAUGAAUCCGGAAGGACGGAAAGAAAGCCAAGAACUUGUAGUACAAACUGAUGAAGAUGUCCCGAGUGCUGUACCACUUGAGUCUAUUCAAGGGAGUACCUUUGAAGAGAAGAUUUUUCUUCAAUGGAGGGAGCCAGCGCAAACGUAUGGUGUGAUUACUUUGUAUGAGAUCACCUACAAAGCAGUCAGUUCCUUUGACCCAGAAAUAGAUUUAUCCAAUCAAAGUGGACGAGUCUCAAAGCUAGGAAAUGAAACUCACUAUCUCUUUUUUGGACUAUAUCCUGGCACUACCUACUCUUUUACCAUCAGAGCCAGCACAGCUAAAGGCUUUGGACCUCCAAUCACAAAUCAAUUCACCACUAAAAUAUCAGCACCCUCUAUGCCACCGUAUGAACUUGAAACACCUUUGAAUCAAACUGACAGCACUGUGACAGUCUUGCUGAAACCUGCACAGAGCAGAGGUGCUCCUGUCAGUGUCUAUCAAAUAGUUGUUGAAGAAGAGCGCCCGCGGAGAACCAAAAAGACAACUGAAAUCCUGAAGUGCUACCCAAUACCCAUUCAUUUCCAGAACGCCUCCCUUUUGAAUUCCCAAUACUACUUUGCUGCAGAGUUUCCAGCCAACAGUCUACAAGCUGCUCAGCCUUUUACUAUUGGUGAUAACAAAACCUACAGUGGUUUCUGGAACACUCCUCUUCUUCCUCAUAAAAGCUACAGCAUCUAUUUUCAAGCUGCUAGCAGAGCCAAUGGGGAAACCAAAAUUGACUGUGUCAGGGUAGCCACAAAAGCUGCGAUAAUCGUGACUCAGCUUACAACACCAUACAUUCGCAUCGCCCCUGCUGCAGGCGACGACCAACUAACAGGGGCUGCCACUCGAAAACCAGAUCCGGAGCCUGAAAAGCAGACCGACCAUACUGUUAAAAUUGCUGGAGUCAUUGCAGGCAUCUUGCUGUUCGUCAUUAUAUUUCUGGGGGUCGUGCUGGUAAUGAAGAAAAGAAAAUUGGCUAAAAAGCGGAAAGAGACAUUGAGUAGCACACGGCAGGAAAUGACCGUGAUGGUGAAUUCAAUGGAUAAAAGCUACACUGAGCAAGGCACCAACUGUGACGAAGCUUUCUCUUUCAUGGACACGCACAAUCUAAAUGGGAGAUCUGUGUCUUCACCAUCUUCCUUUACAAUGAAAACUAACACACUGAGCACAACAGUGCCUAAUUCUUAUUACCCAGAUCCAUUUGUGCCAACUGCAAUUUUAGAUGAAACCCACACGAUGGUCAGUGACACAAGCAGCCUGGUCCAGUCCCAUACUUACAAGAAGCGAGAUCCAGUGGAUGUACCCUACCAGACCGGACAGCUUCAUCCAGCCAUCCGUGUAGCUGACUUACUGCAGCACAUCACCCAGAUGAAGUGUGCAGAAGGCUAUGGAUUCAAAGAGGAAUAUGAAAGUUUCUUUGAAGGACAAUCUGCACCGUGGGAUUCAGCUAAGAAAGAUGAGAACAGAAUGAAAAAUAGAUACGGGAAUAUCAUUGCAUAUGAUCAUUCUCGAGUGAGACUGCAGCCCAUUGAAGGAGAAACAAACUCUGAUUACAUCAAUGGAAAUUAUAUUGAUGGUUAUCACAGACCGAAUCACUACAUUGCUACUCAAGGACCAAUGCAGGAGACAAUAUAUGACUUCUGGAGGAUGGUAUGGCAUGAAAACACAGCCAGCAUCAUCAUGGUUACUAAUCUCGUAGAAGUGGGAAGGGUCAAGUGCUGCAAAUACUGGCCAGAUGACACAGAGAUAUAUAAAGACAUUAAAGUUACCCUAAUAGAAACAGAGCUCCUGGCUGAAUACGUGAUUCGAACAUUUGCAGUAGAAAAGAGAGGUGCUCAUGAGAUCCGAGAAAUUCGGCAAUUUCACUUCACUGGCUGGCCAGACCACGGUGUGCCGUACCAUGCAACAGGCCUGCUGGGAUUUGUACGGCAGGUCAAAUCCAAGAGCCCACCUAAUGCUGGCCCUCUGGUUGUCCACUGCAGCGCUGGUGCUGGCAGAACUGGGUGCUUCAUUGUUAUUGACAUCAUGCUCGAUAUGGCAGAAAGAGAAGGCGUUGUAGACAUAUACAAUUGCGUGAGGGAGCUUCGAUCUCGGAGAGUUAACAUGGUGCAGACUGAGGAACAGUAUGUAUUCAUCCAUGAUGCCAUCCUGGAAGCCUGUCUUUGUGGGGACACAUCUGUUCCAGCUUCUCAAGUUAGGUCUGUUUACUAUGAAAUGAACAAACUGGAUCCUCAGACUAACUCCAGCCAAAUCAAAGAGGAAUUUAGAACUUUAAAUAUGGUUACUCCAACACUGCGUGUGGAAGACUGCAGCAUAGCACUUUUACCACGAAAUCAUGAAAAGAAUCGCUGUAUGGAUGUUCUGCCUCCAGAUAGAUGCCUGCCUUUCCUCAUAACGAUAGAUGGGGAGAGCAGUAACUACAUUAAUGCUGCACUGAUGGAUAGCUACAAGCAACCUUCAGCUUUUAUAGUUACACAGCAUCCCUUACCAAAUACUGUCAAAGAUUUCUGGAGACUGGUCCUAGAUUAUCACUGCACUUCGAUAGUCAUGCUGAAUGAUGUGGAUCCAGCACAAUUGUGUCCUCAGUACUGGCCAGAAAAUGGAGUACACCGACAUGGUCCUAUUCAGGUGGAAUUCGUGUCAGCUGAUUUAGAAGAAGAUAUAAUCAGCCGGAUAUUCCGAAUUUAUAAUGCAGCCAGACCCCAAGACGGCUAUCGGAUGGUGCAGCAGUUCCAGUUCCUGGGGUGGCCCAUGUACAGAGACACUCCGGUUUCGAAACGCUCUUUCUUGAAGCUCAUCCGUCAAGUGGAGAAGUGGCAGGAAGAGUACAACGGGGGAGAGGGGCGCACCGUUGUACAUUGUUUGAAUGGAGGUGGCCGCAGUGGGACGUUUUGUGCAAUCAGUAUUGUUUGUGAAAUGCUUCGACAUCAGAGGGCUGUUGAUGUAUUCCAUGCUGUGAAGACACUGAGGAAUAAUAAGCCUAACAUGGUGGACCUUCUGGAUCAAUACAAAUUCUGCUAUGAAGUGGCUUUGGAAUACUUGAAUUCCGGCUGAGGGCAUCAACAGCACAGACAAAGCUCCUCCUCUCACCACCACAACCAAACAAAGCGAGUUGUUUCAUGAUACCCGUGUAAAUGAGAUGAAGACUUCUCACUGUUAUGCUUAUACUGCUUUGUAUAAUUGGCUCUUUUUAAGAGCCCGAAAAGAUGUUUCUAAAACUGCUUGCACUGCCCAUUUUCCACCCCAAUGCCGCUGCUUGACACCCAUACGAACAUACACCAAACCACAUGGCAGUUGUUGAACACUAUAUUCAUACGUAGCCAUUGAUGUGGUGAAGCAGCAUAGUCCUCUGGUAAAUAAGAGAGCACAAUUAUAUUCUUAUGAAGGAAUUUGUACUUUUCUGUUAUGUUUCAUUUCCUGUGAUUCCCAGUUAUUGUCACAGCCUAGUGUACAUUUCUGUUCUGUGGAGAAUGCUGUCUGGCAUUUUGAUAAUAUAUGAUUUUAGUUAUAUUUGUAUUCUAACAACACAUGCAUAAUAAAUUAAUCAUAUGUAGCUUAUCUGAACUAAUGGAAACACAUGUACCAAAUCAUGUUAACUUUGUUGAGUUGUAAUUUCUAUCCACUUUGUACCAUUUCAGAGAAUCUUGAUAGAAAUACAGUUAGAAAAUGCAAAAUACAGGAUGCUCAGAUUAAUAUAUCCAAAGCUUUUUCAUUUGUUUGUUUAUAUUGUAAAUAUUUUUUGAUUUCAUCAAAUUAUUUAUUCAUUAAAAUGAUUUUUUUGUGAAGCACAGUGAGUGACAAUCAUUUUUAUUAAGCCCUGGAAAUGCUUACUGUAUGAUAAUGUAAACAUUUGUUUACCUUGUAUGGAUUCUCAGUUCAA